UGGAGGGGAGGAUGGUGCGAUUGCAAAAGCCUCCGAGAAAGUAUAUGGGAGCUUCUUGACAUUGACCUACUACCUAACUUUGAUCCAUCCAACGUUACCAAACCUAUAGCCUAAAUCCAUAGCCAGACAGCUUCGGCUAAACCAAACCUUAAUUCUCUCUCUCUCUCUCUUUCUGUUUGCCUCGACAAAUAUAAAUAACAAUUAUUUUCAUUAUGUCAAAAGCAAACAAAAGCAGAGGAAAAAACGAGACUCAGAAGCUUUAGACUUUUCUUUGAAAAGCUUAACACCCACAACCCAAAAGCGUGUUUUAUUUUCUUGUGUCGCAUUUCCAGGUUUCUCUAUCGAUCAUUGAAUUGAAUGGAAAUGGGACUGACAUUUCUCAUCUUCAUGGUUUGGGUUAGAUUGGGAAUUUUUUUAUGUGGGUUUUGCUUGGCUGCUGAGAAACUGAGGGGAAAAACUCGAUAGACUGUAAAAAUUAAAGGGUCUUUUUCUUUAUGCUGUUUGUGUUGGCAAUUUGGGAAAAAUUUCCUAGGAGUUCCUAUCAAAUACCAAUGAGUGAUCAUCUGGUUUUGUGUGCUGAUCGUCUCAUAACACCUGAAAGUUUGCAAUCAAUGGAAGGAGAUAAGGAGUCAGCAUCUUCUGGGGAGUGUUCAUCGUCUCAUACUGCUGAUGAACACACUUGUGUUAUUAAUGUUGAGGAAGUGGGGGAACAUGGCAUAUCUGAGGAAGAAGAACCACUUAUUCAAACAAUGGAAUGCCGCAUUUGCCAGGAAGAGGACAGCAUUAGUAAUUUGGAGGCCCCUUGUGCUUGUAGUGGUAGCUUGAAGUUCGCACACAGGAAAUGUGUUCAGCGGUGGUGUAAUGAAAAAGGGGACAUAACUUGUGAGAUAUGUCACCAGCCUUACCAACCUGGUUAUACUGCCCCACCGCCUCCCCCCCCAAUAGAAGAUGCAACAAUUGAUAUCAGUGAGGGUUGGACCAUUGCGGGCACUCCUUUGGAUUUGCAUGAUCCUCGAAUUUUAGCUAUGGCAGCAGCAGAACGUCAUUUUUUGGAGGCCGAGUAUGAUGAUUAUGCUGAUUCCAGUGCUAAUGGAGCAGCAUUUUGCCGCUCUGUGGCUCUAAUUUUAAUGGCUCUUCUGCUCUUGAGACAUGCUAUGUCCCUCACUGGAGAUGGUGAUGAAGAUGUUUCUGCAUUUUUCUCUCUUUUCCUGAUAAGGGCUGCUGGUUUUCUUCUCCCAUGUUACAUCAUGGCCUGGGCCAUCAGUAUAUUGCAGCGGCGGAGACAAAGACAAGUUUACCUUCCCUACUUUUUCCUCUCUAUUCCUCCCCUAUGCCCUUUCAAUUUUCUCUUUCACACACUUACUCCCCUGUCAUUUACUUUUGCUUAUAGUUUUGCUAAAAUUUUAAGUCUUUACAUAGUUGUCUUAUUCUCUAACUCAACAAUUGUUAAUUUGUAUAUAUUUCAAUCUUUUUUGAAUCAGGAAGCGGCAGCACUUGCAGCUACUGAGGUUGCAUUCAUGCUGCAGGCAGGACAACGGCGGAGCUUGCAAGUCACAAUUGCACCUGGACCUGGAGUAACUCCCCACCAAGCCACAACUCCACAACAAGAGCCACUUCAAUGAUGAAGUGGCUGGAGAAUAGUUGCUGUGGAAACACGAGUGAGUUAGUGAUUGUCUUACUCGUGCAGGCUGUCUUGGAGUUGCCUACUUUUAAAAUACUAGUAGUACACUUUAUUUAGUCUUCUGACAUGUGUAUUUUCAUGACUCUUUCAUUUGAGCUGCUUGAGAUGCUUUUGUGUUAAGAGCUAUUGUGUCCAGAUGAACACGACAGCAAGAUAUUCUGAGAGUUUUGUUGUGAGUUUGGCAUGAUUCUUCAUGUACCCAUGAAAAUAUAUUUGCUUAUAUCCAUGUAUAAAAAACAAGAAGUUAUUCUGAAUACACGUGUAUGUUAAAUUC